AUGAAGUCAUACGCCUUUCUUUUUGCCGGGCUGAGCCUCUUGGCCACUCAUACGUCUGCUCAUUACAUCUUCGAGCGACUCACGCACGCUGGGACUGAGUACCCAGCCUACACCUACAUCAGACAAAACACCAACUACAACUCACCUGUCACAGCUCUCAACUCAACAGAUCUGAGAUGCAAUGUUGGCGGUGAGACAGCAGGGUCUACUACAACGAUCACUGUGAAUGCUGGAGAUGCAUUCUCCAUCACGACUGAUACUGCUGUCUACCAUGAUGGGCCAUUUUCCAUUUACAUGGCAAAGGCUCCUACGACUGCAGCAGAAUUUGAUGGUUCAGGACAGGUUUGGUUCAAGAUCUACGACCUAGGCCCCACAUUCGCUGCAGAUGGUACUUCAACUUGGCCACUGUACCAAACAUACAGUUACACCAUCCCUCCCGCACUUCCAAACGGCGACUACCUCCUUCGCUUCCAACAACUCGGUAUCCACAACCCAUGGCCAGCUGGAAUACCCCAAUUCUACGUCGAGUGCGCUCAAAUUACCGUCACAGGCGGUGGCUCCGGAACCCCAGGUCCACUCGUCUCAAUCCCAGGUUACAUCACCGGUGAUGAACCAGGAUACACCGUGAACAUCUACAGCAACUUCCAUAACUACACCAUCCCCGGCCCCUCCGUUUGGAGCGGACAAUCUGCAGCUGGUGGAUCUUCACCUAGUAGCGUCGCUUCCGUAGCCCCAGUCUCUACUGCACCCGUUCAACCUGUUAGCUCCAGUAGUGUUGCUGUAGUGCAAACGACUUCUGCAUCAGUUGUCAUUACGCCUACAGAUACCGCUGUCGUCGCACCCACUGGGGUUCCUGUCGCCAAGUAUGGACAAUGUGGUGGUACUGGAUGGACUGGGUCAACAACUUGCGCAUCGGGAAGCACUUGUAAGGCAACGAACCAAUACUACUCACAAUGCUUGUAAGGGAGCUGGGACAAUAGGGCCGAGACUUUGACUGAUCACACUCCGUGUUGGUGGAGCCGCUGUAUCGAGGAAAGCGAAAGGCUGGCACUUGGUGAUGGUGUACAUUCUGUUUCUUGUAUAUACUUUCAUAUCUCAGCAUGGUUCUGACCAGUUUUUAUCUUUGGACGUCGUCAAUAUGCGUGGG